UGAAGAUUUAACACAGUGCAGAGCAGAGCUGGCAGUCACAGUUGUGCCCUGGAUUGUAGCAGAGAGAGAGCAGCCCCCCUGCAGCCUGUUAGCCCACCACCAUGGAUGUCAAACUGCUGGCACUGAUGGCUCUGCUGGCCGUGGCCACACAUGUACCAACCUCCAAUGCAAAACCCAUCAGUCUGGUAGAGCGGUGCUAUUGUCGUUCAACCCUCAACACGGUUCCUCAGCGCUCCAUCAAGGAGCUCAAGUUCCUCCACACACCCAACUGCCCCUUCCAAGUCAUUGCCAAGCUAAAGAACAACAGGGAGGUUUGCAUCAACCCGGAGACCAAGUGGCUGCAGCAGUACUUAAAGAACGCCAUUAACAAGGUGAAGAAAUCUAGAAGACGCAAUAACAAGAAAAACUAAACAAAAAGGGAAGACAUGUAUGUUAUCAGGCCUGGAAUCCUUGGCCCGGGUCGAGCCUGUAUACCUCCCUGUCACUGCUAUGGAUGUAUGUAAACAAGCUGUAUCUACCUGUCCACCAGUCUGGACCGCUUGCAGAACCAGCACUUCACCGCCAAAGCGUGUCUUCCCCAGCACCGCCACCAAACCUUCUGAACACCCACGUGGUCACGUCCAUCUCUCCAUGUUAGCACCAGGUGCAAUUAUACCUUGAAAUGAUGGAACACAUGCUAAUGUCAGAUACGUAUGUAAGUGUGUGUGUGUGUGUGUGUGUGUGUGUGUGUGUGUGUGUGUGCAGUCUUUUCAACUUCACACAGCCUGAGAGGAACAAUUUGAGUUUUCAGUUUCAUACAAGGCUUUGUGCUACCUUCAUGUCAUGUCCGAAUCAUUCUCCUGUAAGGAAAUUAGGAUUGGGAUUUUGUCGGUUGGUCAUGUCUUAUAUAUUAAUCAUGGUUUUGCAAACUGAAGAGGUGUGAACCAAGUCAUUUAUUAUCACAGUACUAUCUCCAUGUAUACUAUUUUUAGAAGGAGUGACUACUCUUAUUUCAAUGUAUUUGGGAUGGAGAUGUUACGGACUUUGCUCUGGUAAGGAGUGAAAGGGGCAUUACUCCAUGACUGAGGGGUCAUGGGCAGUAACAGAGGCUGGCCAAUGGUGUUUACCCUUCACAAGCAGUGACCAAUCAGGAAAAGCCAUGCUACAGCAAUAUCUUGAAUUGUUUUUAAGUUGCUCCACUAUGAGCAACAAAUGGAUGGAAGCUUACACACACUGCUAAGAAACCAGCACAGAUUUUGUGGUGCUACAUAUUUAUACGUGAUCAGAGCCAUUGACAUAACUAUACUUCACUGUUUAUUUUAUGCAAGAUUUAAGAAGGGAUGUCGUGACCUUUAUGUCUUUUAUGAAACACAAUUAUGUUUUUUUUAAACCAGUCACAAAAUAUUUAAAGGGCUGUUGUUAUGAAAAAUUAAAACAUAAAGCUGAUGUUAUGCUAAGGCCUUGACAUGUACAGUACUACAAUGAAGUGAAACACUUACCGUAUCACUGCAGCUGUUUUUGUUGAUUUAACAUAUCAGUAAACAGAGACCAAAUAUUAAAGCAGUAACACAUGUUACAUGAAGAAACCCGUGAACCUCAAAAAGCAUGACUUUUGAUUUCAGUCAUUGUAAGAAAACCGUAGAUCAUCAUCAGUUUUAAUCUUUCACACCUUAUCAAAGGAGGCUAUAGGUAAAUGUAUAUCAUGAAAACAGAGCAAUUCAUCUGCAGUAUUUUCAUGCCAACACCUGUCCUUGGUAGGAAUGAAAAGCUAAUAAAUUGUCACAUUAAACAGAUGAACGAUAAAUAUCACAAAGGGAAUGUUCAAGGUGGCAAAAGAUUUUUUUUUUUACAUAUACAGUAUAUAUUUGAGCCACUUUAUUAUCAAAUGUGUCUUUUAAAUGUUAUUAUUUUAUUUUUAUAUUGUGUAUAAUCCUACUAAGUGCUUUUUUAAUGCAGUGUACAGGCAUGCAGCUACUAAAUGAAGGCUAUAGUCCUUUGGAUGCGAGAAACAGUAUUAAGCUUAAUUUUUAAGAUUUCAUGCAAUAUUUCACAGACAUGUAAUAGAAUGCAACACUUAGAUAAGAUUUUUCAUUUUUUAAAAUUUACAAUAUGGAUGGAAAAAGUAAGCCAAACACAUCAAAUAUAUAUCGUCAAAAAUACCGUCCUCCUGGUUUAUUGUUUUCCGUACUGUUUCCUUAUCAACCCAUCUGAGAUAUAACAACGAUGAACUGUGGGAAAUCUGUUGAGUUCAACACAGUGAUUGAAAACAAAAGUUGCUGUCACUUUGUUACAUGAGUCAGGAAACCAUUCAGCACACCAGUCGACCCCGUCGAACACUUGAUUCAAUUUUUAAUAGUUUUGCUGGGGUUGAUGUAUUACGUGUCAAUGAGCUGCAGAGCCAAAACAGAACAAUACCUUUAGGUUGAGAUCCAACCAACAUGUGCUUUCAAUCUGGACACUCCCAGCACCCCACAGGCUUUUCUUUUCACUUUCACUUAACUGCUGUCAUGCAACACUUCCUUUUUUUUCCCUAAAAUUGAAAUGCCCGUUGUGUUUGGUUGUAUUCAUUUCUUUGGUCUUUGUUUUUCUUUUGUUUUACACGGUCUAUUUGCUGAGUGCCUGAACACAGUCGAUACUCAUAUCAAAUUGGGGCUAAUGGUGCAAUAAUCCUGUAAGUGUAAUUCACUUUCCAUUAAGGUAAUAGAAGUUAAUGGACAUUCAUUUUAUAUGAUUAUACUCAUUUCUUUGAAAACAUUGCUAAAUAAGAUAAAAUGUUCCUGUUUUCAAAUGCACUGACAUGCAACGACAAAAGCCUCCUUUCAUUCUUUACACCUCCACCCAUUCCCACAUUACCUUAUUAACUAUAUAGUUACGUCGAAGAGUGCGUUACUUCUGUAAACCUCAACCUUUUCUAUGUAUAAUGAGAUGAUUAUCUCAGUAACACGAAAAAUAUUUUGUAUUACAGUACAUGUGGAAACACUUUAUUAACCGCACUGUUUCAUGACAGAUUCAUUUUAAUGAGAUACAUAUGUAAUAACAAGUAAUUAGUUUUAUUAAUUAGACUUUAAGUGCUUUUAUGUUUAGUACUGUGGCCCCUGUGGAAACAUUUAACCCUCGCAGUGUUACUGCCACUGUCACUGCAUAAACUAUUAAGUGUAAUUAAAUUGACAAACACAUAGACUUCUUUAUCUUUGUGAAAAUAAAGCUUUUACAGAAAUGUUGAAUGUGUAUUAUUUGGAACAAAUACACAUUCAUGUUCACAUGUAUCUCCACUAGUGAGUUUCUAAUUAUAGUAUGUUGUACUUUGGACCCCAAGACAAUGUGAAACAUUUCUUUUGAGGCAGCUUCUGUCACAUAUCCUUCAUACACGCAAAAAAAUAGUAUUAUUCUCUGUAUUGUCACUGUUUUCAAACCAAGAGGCAGUAUUAGGUAUGAUACUCAAUCUCUUUUUCAAUAAAGUCACAUGAAAUAAAA